GGGAAUGAGAACCUUGAAGGCAAGAACACUGUGCCAUAAUCAGAUCAGUUGUUUAAAAUACUGAACUGUUUCCAAUCCAGUUAGAAUUGGAACUGUUUGGCAGCUAUCAAGAGUUAUCCUCCCCGCCCCCCUCAGCCAUUUUGCUUUUUAAUAUCAUCCAAGCAGCUCAUCUUUCUUUGUAUGUCUUUCAGUGACUGAUCUUGUUUCAUUUUUUCCCCUAUUGAGCACCUGUUGAUAGGUGACGCAAGCUAUUAUUUUUGUGGUCAUUAACGGAAAGUGAUCGGAGCAUGAAAGGGAACACAACCUCACUUUCACUUCAAGUUGUUUUGAGAAACUGCUGAAGCUGCCAGUUUUCUGGUUUGGACAGGCUUGGUUGUCUUUAUUUUUUCUUUUUGGCAACAGUACGUGUGGGGCUUUAUUUACUGGUUUGCCAUGUUGCAGCAAAUUCUGCGGGAUAUGUACAUUGAUCCGGAGCUACUGGCCGAACUGAAUGAAGAACAGAAGCACGUCCUCUUCUACAAGAUGAGGGAAGAGCAGGUCAGGCGAUGGAGGGAGAGGGAGGAAAACACUCCAGAGGGAGAGGCUGAGCUGAAGAGGACACUGAGACUCAAGCAGGAUAAUGGCAAACGUGUGCAGUGGCUCCAUGGGAUCGAUGGCAAGGUCUGGGUUUGGAUUAUGGGAGAAGCUCCUGGAGACAAGCCAUAUGAGCAGAUUUCAGAAGAACUUUUUGCGGAAAGAGCCAGACAACAAGCCCAGAAGGAAGCAGAAGAAUUAUGGAAGCAAAAAGAAGCAGAAAUUACAAAGAAGUUCCGGGAUGCUAUGGCUAAGGAGAAAGCUCGAAUAGUGGCGGAGAAGUGGAAGAUAGAGACAGAAGAUCGCAAAGCAGCCAAAGUGAUGGAGGAGAAAAUCCAGGAGGAAUUAAAGAAAAGAGAGGAAGAAGAGAGGCAAAGAGGUGAAGAGCAGAUACGGCAACAGGAGGAGUGCAGGGCUCAAGAGCUGUACCUGGGCCUCAAGCAAGCCCAGCAACAUAGCCAACGCAAUGAAAAAGAGGAGCAUGAGUGGGAAGAACAGUUACGUCGCUCAAAAGCUGCUGAUGAAGAAAGGAGCCAUAAAGCACGCUGGGCUCGGGAUGAGUAUCGGCGGCAAUCUUUGCGGGCCAUCCAGAAAGGAAAAGUGGCUGGUCUAAGUAACCUGUUCCAGAUAGCUGAUCUGAAAAUUGAGCAAGAAGCAAAGCUGAACAAUGCCUGUCACAUUCCACCAGUGGCCAUGACGGUACCAACCAGUAAAGCUUGGGAACGGCCUCCAAGGCCUUUCUCCAAAGAAGUCAUUGUUCAGUGGUUCAAAGAAGAGCAGAUUCCACGCCGUGCUGGAUUCGAGAGGAACACUAACACCGUGGCAUCUUGGUUUCAUGGCAUUAUUAGUCGCCAGGAGGCAGAAGAGCUACUGAUGAAUAAAUCUGAGGGAGCAUUCCUAGUGCGGGUCAGUGAGAAAAUCUGGGGAUAUGCCCUGUCCUAUCGCCAUCAGAGUGGUUUCAAACAUUUUCUGGUGGAUGCUUCUGGAGAUUUCUACAGCUUCUUAGGGGUGGAUCCCAACCGACACGCAACACUCACAGACCUUAUUGAUUUUCACAAGGAAGAAAUAAUCACAUCGUCUGGUGGAGAGUUGCUGCUGGAGCCUUGCAGACAAACAAAGAACCCGCCUGACUAUAGUCCUUUAUUUGAAUGACAGUGGAGGCCAUAGAGCACAUAUUUCUGGAGAGCACGAAUAAUUAAUGAAGGAACCCCGCUUUGUGAUAUAAGAUAUCAGCUUAUCACCAGCUAACAAAUGGCAAAUGUUAAUCCAGAAAAAAGUUUUAUCUGUUUUUUAAUUUGCAGACAUUAUUUAUCUCAUUAGUCAUUUAAAACUGGAAGAACACAAAGACAAAUGCUUUACUAUUGUACUUUAAAAUAUGGUUAAACUACCAGCAAUGGUCAAAAAUCAGGAUGCCCCCUCCACUUGAUUUUCAGAAGUAACAGUCACAAAGGAAAUGAUUGGUAAUGGAUCUAAGAACUUAGCAUAUAGUGAAUUUUGAAAUUCUCAAAUCAUAGUAUUAAAUAUAAAGCUAAAAAAGAUACAGAUUUGUGGUAUGGAAAUGUAGAAAUAGGUGUUUCUGUGCUUCAAACUGUACAUGAUGCCAGCACUCCCAUUUGUUUAAAUCCUGUCUUCCCUGAUUAUGUACAAUGUGGGAGACUGAAAGAGGUCCCUGGACAAGGAGAACCAAACUAUCCUUGCACCCGCCACUUUUCUCCAUCUUUAUCCCAGCUAAGGUCACUCCUGGCAUCACAGCUUGGUUGAGUAGAAAAGUUCCGGGGGGGGGGAGAGAAAGGCAAGCUAAGAUCAGGGGAAGGGGUUAAGCACCCCCCUUCACUGUGACCCUUAUGCUCCAAAAGUCAGACCCUCUCCUAAAUACCUGAUUGGGGCAGAUCCAGGCUUAAACGAAUGGGGCUGCAGCUGUUACAGGUGUUUUGAGCCUAUGUGGAUAGAGGCAAGGGGCACUGAAGUGUAUAGAUUCCACAGUCCUUUAGCAGGGAUGUUGAAGCCAUUAGAUCCUCCUCUCACUCCCCAGAAGUGGCUUCCUCACACUGUUCGCUCACUAUGCCAUUGUGAUGCAACAGGGCUUAGGUAGCCUGGACUGUGUGCUGGAUUGAAUCGUUAAGUAUAAAAGUAAAAUUGCCAUCUGGCAAAUGUUGAAAGAUAAAACAUACCAACUUCUAAGUUGCACUCAUUAACAACUUUUUAUAAGGAGCAAUAAAUGCUUGUGAAACAUUGAUACAUUGUGAUAUUUUUGCUUUUGUUUUUAUUUAGCUAGGAAAAUCUUUUCCACUGUUCCUCUGUUUACCAUUACAAGCCUAUAUGGCCAGUGGGCUCAUGUAUUUUUAUGUUAUGUACCAAGCCUCAGUUGUGACACAUAACAUUAUGACUGUAUGAUAGUUUGUUGAAUUUUUCAUUGGAAUAUGAAAGAGCCUUGUUUAUUUUCAUCCCUCCCACCCCUCACUUUUACUCUAGUUUUCUACCCAAAGGGUUCUGAAGCUGAGUUACAGCAAUAAAAAAAUUGUAAGAACAAACCAACCAUUAAAAAACUGAUAAAAUAGUAAUGUCAGCACAAAUAAUUAGAAAGAACUGGCACUACAGCCCCAAAGCAUUGCAUAAAAAGGGAUUUGACUUGUUUUUUAAUAGCCAUUUGUAGCAACUAGUCCUCCAGAUUAGCAGACAGAACAUUCUACAAGGAAGGGGCCACAGCAGAGAAGUCCCUGCUUCUAGAAGACAUCAAUCUAACUCUUGAGAAGGAAUGCUCCUAAAGCAAGGCCCCAUCUGAAAAUCUGGAGACACAUAGAGGGAAGACAUUAUAGGUUCUCUGCUUACAGACCAUUUAGGACAGGAAUCGAGAACCUGUGGCCCUCCAGAUGUUGCUAGACUUCAAAUUCUGACCACUGAUCAUGUCCAAUAUCAGGAGGGUCACUGGUUUGCCACCACUGAUUUAUGGCCUUAAAUGUCAACUGCAGAAUCUUGAAUUUAGCCUAAAGCAGGGGUGGGGAACCUCCAGAUGUUGCUGAACUCCAACCUUCAUCAGCCCCAGUCAGCAAGGGCAAUGAUGAGGAGAGUAUAGUCAAGCAAUGUCUGUAGGACCACAGGUUCCCACCCUGGCCUAAAAACAAACUGGUAGCUGCCGAAGUUGUCAUAGCAUAAUCUCCAAAUGAAGCACUGAACUUCAGUGCAGAAAUGUACUUCUAAAACAGAUAGUCUUGGAAGCUUAGGGAAGUUUUGAAUGUUACAAUUUGUGGGAGGAGGAGAAAUAUAAGUGAUUCCCACUUUUUCCUUCUUAGUGCAGCAUCAAAAGCAAGGAAUCACGUAUGCCCAAUUAUGGCAUGAGUGAGUGACAAUGCAAUUACAUCGCAUGCAUCUCAACAACUGAAGAGUUGUAUAAAUCCCUGAUUUGGAAAACAAGGAGCACAUUGUAGUCACCAAAAUUUGGAAGCUACCAAAGCAUUAAGCACAGUUGUCAAAUAAUUAUAUUCUCCAAGAGAGAACACAGAUGAUGAUCCAAUGGAAACUAGUAAUUCCCAACAUGCUUUCCCAACUGGAAGCCACAGUUCCAGAAUGGGGAAUUUUAGGUCUAUUAUUUUUUGAAUCCUGGCUUAGUCUUUCAAGCAUCUGAUUACUCUGAACUUUCCAACAUUCUCUGUCAGAGCUGUUUGCUACUGUAAGGCCAGAAUGCAAAUUUAUUGUGAACUGCAGAGCCAUGACCAAUCUGUAUAUUUGGCUAGCUGCAGUUUAACAAUUUGUAUGAAUUUGACUACAAGUAAUUAAAACAUUUCCUAGUUAGAGCAGAAAUAAGGGGACACAUUGUACCUAUCAUUCACAUGUGAGAUACUCUUAUUUUUUAUGCAAGCACCUGAGAAAUCUUGCUAUAUUAUUAUUAAAAUGUAUAGACCACUUCACAACAUAAAGCCAUCAAAGGAGUGCACAAAAUAAAAACAGAAUACACAAAGAUAAGCUCUAAAAACAAUAAAAUCAGUUUCAACAAACUCUAAAAUCAACAAAGCCAUCCAUACAAAUUCCCAAAACAACAAAACUAUGGACUUGGAAGUCAUGAAAAAUUAAGGACAAGACACGCUUAGGUUUCUUCUCUCUUGCUUCCUUGAACAACACUUGCCCUGCAUUUUGAAACCUGUAUCUCUCACCAUGAGUAGGAGUGAUCUUUUUUGAAAAACAAAAACCAACUACAACCUGCCUAAAAAAUGCCCCAGAGUCUAUGUACAUUUCUUAUUUGUCUUCCAACAAUGAAGACAAUAGUUGUGCUUCAUCUUGGAGACUUUGCUUUAGGGCACCUAGUAAAACGGGCCUAAAUGCAAUAUAGCAAGGGUUCCUAAACUGUGGAGCCCACUAAAAUCUAUGGACUCAAGCAUGCCUAUGUCUGUUGGAUUUGGGCCAUGUUAUUUAUGAGCCUUUUUAGAGCCUUCUAGGUGACUUACAUUAAAAAUUAAAGAUAAAAAUAACAUUAAAAACAAUACACAAUCAUCUCUUACAUCCAAGUGAUAAAGUAGUGGAAAUAGUAGCAGGAUAUUUACAAAAAUUGUAAAAACAUAAUAAAAAGUGGACAGAUUGACCUUUGCUACUCCAAGAGAUGUCCAAAAUAAUCAAAAGAGACUUUGAUCAUCUUCUGAGCAGAGAGUUCCACAGAGUUGGACACACAGUUGAAGAAACCACCUCGAGCUUAAGAGUCUCAUUUCUGAAGUGUGAGAUGCUUAGAGUACUUCCUCAUAUGAGUAGAUGGGAAAGUAGAUAGGGACCAAAGCAUUCUAUAAGACAUCUUGGACCAUUUAGAACAGGAGUGGAAAACAUGUGGCCCUCCAACUCCCAUCAGCCCCAGCCAGCAUUGGCUAGUGGUGAGUAUGAUGGGAGUUGUAGUCCAGCAACAUCUGGAGAGCCACAUGUUGCCCACCCAUGAUUUAGAACUUUAAAAGUCAACACCAGAGUACUUUGUUUUGGGCCAAGAAACUAACUGAAAAGCAGUGGAGCUCCUUCAGAAAAGUUGUUCCAGGCUUCUUGCAGCCAGUUCUGGUUAAUAAUUAGGCUUCUGCAUUCUGUUAGUCCAGUCAGGAAGAUUCCAAAGCAUGCAUGUCAGUGACCUGAUUGUUAUCCUUCAAGGGCAGUUGACCACUCAACUGAAGGCAGUAACAGGCAUCCCUACCAACAGAUGCUUGUUGAUAAGAGCAGGAGUCCAGAGCAACCUCAAAACCAGGAACAACUUGCAGACUAGUACAUAACUAUGGGUGCAGGACAGCUGAAAGUUGGCCUUUAUCCCAUUUUCUCUGCCAUUCCCUAAUGAACAUAUAUGGGGCAAUAGUGCGAUAUUUCAUCCUGUAAUCCAUUUUCAUUUUUUUCCAGUCUGCAUUUCAUGCAUGCCUCAUAUUUUAGGUUUUACCUGGCUUUAAAAUAAAUUCCUUGUAAGUUCCCUGGCAAAUGAA